AUGGACUCCACCGCAAUGUUUCGCGAGGUCGCCCUGUGCGGGUUGGCGCAGGAGCAGGGCAUCGCCGCUCUACGGGCGUGCCUCGCCGACGCUCGCGGCGAUGAGACACUUCGCUUCACCGAGAUCACUUCUGCCAUGGCACGUCGUGCUGUCGUGUGGGGCGAUUCCUCGGCGUGGGGUGAUAUAAAGGUUGUUCUCCAGACUCGCUUGGCCCCCGGCUCUCGGCCGUUGCCAUCUGAAGUCAUCGCCGUCUGUGCUGCCCAUUUCCGCGACGCAGAUUUCAUCGUUCCCGACCCCAAGGAGGACGCUGUCAUUGUCCAUGGUGGGCUGGACAACGGGUACGGGUCCGCGGAGGAUGGGUGCCACUUCUUGCCGCUGCUCCAUGUCGACGAGUACCGCCUGUUGCCCCCGUGCUCGUCACCGAAAUGGGCCGACAUGGCGGCGGCCGUCGCCGCUCGCAGUGGUGAUCUCGCGCUGGAGUCGCGCGUCCGUGACGGGGGCGACUGCUACUUCCACGCGCUUCUCGUCCUCCUGCAUUUCCGGGGCGUGCUCAUGCUCGCGCCGAGCGGCGUGUCCGCGGCCCCGGGGGGAGCGAGUGCCAGUCUUCGCGUCCCGGACCCCACGGGCGAGAGCGUCGCCGCAUUGCAGGCCAAAGUCGAAGGGCUCCCAGAGGACGAGGCAUCGAACGCGAUCGAAGAGUUCCUGUUUCCUGACAUCGUCUUCGAGGGUUUUAAGACGAAGGAGGAGGUUUACGAGACAGUGCGCCAGAGGGUCAUGAAGGCGUGGGAGGACACCCGGUCUCACCGCCAGAUUGCCAGCGAGCUGGAUUUCGAUUUGCGCACCAUCGCGCCGAAGCUGUUGGCGGACGCCGUGCACACCGCAGCAAAGGCCCGGGGUCUCUCUGCGGAGGCGCUGCUCUCUGCCGUGGAGUGCAACAUGGGUUUCAUCGAGGCGCCCGGAACAAAGUUGACGCACUUGCGGCAGUCAGGUCAUUGCAUUUCCCCUGGCCAGCCCCUCUUGAUCGGCAGCGCGUCCUCCACGCGGAAGUCGGCCUUGAUGCAGUGCACGGACAAGUGGUUGACGCAGGUCCCGGAGGCCUCCCCUGUUUUCAAAGACAAGUUGGUCAUGAACACGGCCGCAAACACGUUCCAGACGCCCUUCAGCGACGUGGAGUCCGGGGUGCACUAUCUCAGCUGCGCGAAGCUUAACACGUGGACGCAGAGCGAGCACGACGGACCGGCGACUGGCAACGGCAAGGUGUCUUUGGACAAUUACAAUUUCAUGCUCAAGUGCGCGGGCCAGACAGAGGUCGUCGAGUUUAUCGUCAUGCCGAAAGUGCACGGGUUCCAGAAGCGCAUGCAGACGGACGUGUGCGCGGGCGACGGGGUCGAUUCCGAACAGAGCGACUCCUUCAUCGAGCGUCUGCACGGGUGGAUGCACGAGCAGUGUUCUGAUGUCGCCGGCGUUCUCUCGCUCGACGGCUUCGCCUACACCAUAUACCGUGCUGCGAAGCAGGCUUUUGAUGAUAUCUGUCAGACCGUGCCAAUGCCGCCGGCAUUCAAGACGAAGUUGAAUUUCUUUCACAGCGACUUGCUUCGCGCAACGCACCGGGUGCACCGCGGGAACCAGUUCGCCAGGCUUUUCAUCGCCCGGCAUGCUGCCCAGGGCGACGACGCCCUGGCGUCGCAACCGCCUUUUGAUUCUGCUUGCGAACGUUGUCUUCCCAGUGUGAACGAAAUCACGAUGGGGCUCCACAAGGUUCUCCGCCAAAUUGAACUUCACUUCGGGUUGUAUCGCUUCCACGUCGCCCACGCUGCCGAGGGCUACCAUCGCUCCGGCGGCGACGGCAGGUGCGCAGGCGGAUCUUCGGCGGCCGUGCUGGCCGCUCCUGACGUCGCGGAGAUAGCGAUGAGGGCCCUCAUGCCGUCCGAGCUGAUGCGGCAGUUCCUGCUCACUCGCGCUCCCAAGGGGCAGAUUUUCACGGAGGCGGAUGCGAGGCAGUGGCUCAGGAAUAAGAGGGACACGUGGUUCAGAACGGACCUGGCAAAGAAGAUCUCCGACGGCUUGACAGCGCUGGUCGCGGCUAAUCUCCUGGACAGGGUCGCGGACUCCGCCGAUGCGGGGGACUCCACGCAGAGGGCCAAGGCGGCGCAAGGCAAGCGCAAGGGCAACCCCAAGGGCAAGGGCAUGUUCAAGAAGCGGAAGCUCGAGGAGAUCGUUGCGGACGCAGAUGCCACGGAGGAACGGAAGCGCCUGCGGGUGAGCACGAGCGAAUUCGAGUGA